AAGACAAAAUCCUGCGUAACCCGAGCUCUUUCAUUUUGAUCCAAACACCUUUCAGAGCACCUGGAUCUGUGCAGCCUUUUGGUUGCAGAUUUCAUUUGAACAUGAUGGAUGCGCGCAUGUGGUGCUUGCUGUUCUUGACACACCUUGCCUGCGGCAGCCCGGUGCAAGCAACUGGAUGUGGUGAUGAGUGUGUGGAAGCCGACCAUAACAACCUGCUGCAGGCGCAUGUGCGUAAAACAGACACCCCAUUCGUGGCGGGCUACUGCAUGAACACGCUCUGCGGUGAUUACCAGAAUCAUGGUCAAUCCAUGGUCCUUUUGAUCGCAGGGCAGAAGGACAGCCUGGCAAACCCCAUGGUCGCAGCUGUGCCUUCUUGGCUGUCGCAGGUGCCGUACCGCUGCUUGAGCAUCGGCGGUGCGGGGGUGGGGGGAACACUCCUGUCCUCGGAGGCCCUGGGCGGCAUACUGAAGCAGCACAACCUCAACUGUGUGAACUUUGACUGGGAGGGGGAGGUGUCGGGGCCCCAGCUGGGCGCGGGCCUGGCGCUGGCGCAGGCUGUCAAGGGCCAGGGCUACACGGUGGUCUUCACGACCCUGGCGGGCUCCUACGUGGACCCCACGGUGCAGUCCUGGGUGAACGAGAACGCCGCUUCGAUCGACUGCGGCUCCAUGACGACAGGCUGCGGCAACUACCGCUUCCUGGCGGCCAACAAGGAGACCUGGGACUUCGGAGCCCUGAUGCUCUACGGCGGGGCCGAGAGUGGCCAGGGCUGGGGCGUCACGUGCGGCACCCCGCCCACAGGCCCAACCAUGCGCUACGUGAGGAACUGGCAAGGCACGCCCUUGAAGGCGAAGCUUCAGAUUGGCAUCACGCCGGUGGGCGACGCGGCGGGGACCCCGACCGCGAACUGCGUGGCCACGGACCUGUGGAAGGAGGCGCAGGACAUGGCCGGUGUGUUCUUUUGGCAGACCACGGCCUCUGUGCGGGACGCCUCCGGCUAUGAUCUGAUGGAUGCGAUCCUGAAGCCGAAGUCGUGAGCGUGAGCAGCUUUUUUUCAUCUAUUUUUUUUUUUUAAAAUUAUUGGGCUUAACAUGUGUGUGUGUGUGACUCACAUAUUAUUUUGUGAUCAGUGGUGUCUAAAAGGGCAUCAAUUAAUGCAUGCAACCUGAGCCGUGAUUGCUCUGCAGAGAUUUUGCGGCGCGUGCGCCACAGCGCGCAGGCACACGCAAUCAUACUGCCGCCAUG